CUCGCCGUCGACAGCAGUUUCACUUUGGAGGAGGAGGGAGGGAAGGAAGGGGGAAGGCCGCAGAGAAGACGAAUAACGGUACCUACCCUCGGGCUGGAUUUCGGCCUUUUUCUCCACUUACCGAAUGUCCUGGAUGAACUUUCGUGGCGUCGCGGGACCGCUGACGAGCGACCAGCGAGCAUCGUGGAAGUAGGGAUGGCCUCCAUGUGGAAGAGGAAGUUUGUCAUCGCCAGCGCUCUGGUGGUGGCGGUGACGCUCUUUGCCGUGGCUGUCCACCAGCCCGCAUUUGGAGAAGCAUUUGGCAGUCACUGGGCGGGUCCGAAGCAAGUUUUCAAGCCUCACCUAGGCUAUGUCAGCAUCCCCAAACAAGAACCCCUGAAGCUGAAGUGUGAGCUUUGCAGUGUGGUGUCCAGCUCAGGCCAGAUGCUAGGCCAAGCGGCAGGGGCAGUCAUAGACAGCUCGCCUUGCAUCUUGCGCAUGAACAACGCACCCACGCGCGGGUUUGAGCGCGACGUGGGCCAACGCACGACGCUGCGGGUGGUGUCGCACACCAGCGUGCCGCUGUUGCUGCAGAGGCCGCAGCACUUCUUCGGCCAAAACAACGAUACAGUAUACGUGGUGUGGGGUCCGUUGCGCAACAUGCGCACCGACGGCAAGGGUGUGGUCUACAACAUGCUGCGGCAGGCGGCUGACAGCUACCCGCACGCGCGCAUUUAUGCCACCACCGAGGACAGGAUGAACUACUGUGACAUGGUCUUCAAGAAGGAGACAGGCAAGGACAGGAUGCAGUCAGGGUCGUACCUCAGCACCGGCUGGUUCACACUGAUCCUCGCCAUGGACAUGUGCAAAGAGAUCCACGUCUACGGCAUGAUCAACGACACCUAUUGCAAGACCGAAGACUACCGCAAAAUCCCCUACCACUAUUACGAGGCCGGCAGCCGGAAAGAGUGCGCUGAGUACCUCCUGCAUGAGAGUGCACCAUACGGAGGGCACCGCUUCGUCACAGAGAAGAAGGUGUUCGCCAAGUGGGCCAAAAAGCACACCAUCAAGUUCUUCAACCCGUCCUGGCAGCUGUCAUGACGCUAAAAACUCUCAUUCCUCAUGUCGUCCAUCGCUGGUUUGGAGGGUAGGUGGUGGACAGUGGAUAAUUCUUGUCAUGCAGUGGUCCAAGCCAAGACUGCAUUUUUUUUAACCGGAGCCGGAGCACUGAACUGAAUGAAAGACUGUCCUUCGCUGCUUUUGGUAGCCGCAGAAUUGAGUGUCAGCUUCGAAUGAGCCACAAACAAAACACUCCUACCCCUCCUAAGCCUUUAAAGGCAUUAACAGUUUUUUAUUUCUCAGAUCAAGUCAUGCAGUAGUCCAGCAAAGACUUUUGUUGUUUCAAAACAAGGAUUAAAAUGAAGGGAGAAACAACAUAUUAGGUUGUUAACCACUUUUGCAGACGCCACUGUGAAUUGAAAUUGAACACCGGUCACGGUUGUCACAGAUGUCGACGACGUUGACACCUUGUAGACCUUGUGUAGAACCUCACGAAGCCUUUUAAAUUCUGGUGAUUAUAGGUCCACUAAAGCAGUAUUUAAGCCAACGCAGAACACAGUUUUUUUUGAAGGAACGUGAAACAAACUGUAUGUCUGGCAAAGACAAACCACUGUAGCGAAGAAGAGUGAUGGUUAUCCGAGGACUGACUGAGCCACAACUGAACAUUGAUGCAGAAAAGGAAGCACCACACUUCAGGUGUAAAAUCUCAUUAAGCCUAAGUUGGCGUUUUUCACAGUCUGUCUGCUGCUUGGUUGUUUCAUCUUGCAUGAGGGGUGUAAUACACUAAAAUGUAAUUUCGGUUCGAUUUUUGAAGUGGUUUGUUCAGUUCAUUUUCGGUUCAAAAAAGGCAGGAGAAAAGCACUUGAAAAGGUUUUCUUUUAAAAAAAUGUGCCCAACAGAACUUGUUGUCGUCGAUGUCUCUCCCUUAUCUGAAUCCAGGUCGCGGGGGCAGCAGCCUCAGCAAAGACUGCCCUCUCCCCAGCCACUUCCACCAGCUCGUCUAGGAGAAUCCCAAGGCAUUCCCAGGCCAGCCGAGAGAUCCCUCCAGCGUGCCCUGAAUCUGCCCUGGGAUCUCCUCCAACUCGGACAUGCCCGAAACACCUCCCGUCGGAGGCCUACACAGGCAUCCUAACCAGAUUUCAGAACCACCUCAACUGGCUCCUCUCGUCAUGGAGGAGCAGCACCUCUACACUGAGUCCCUCCCAGAUGGCCAAGCUCCUCACCCUAUCUCUAAGGCUGAGCCCGGCCACUCUACGAAGGAAAGUCAUUUCAGCCGGUUUUAUCCGCGAUCUUGUUCUUUUGGUCAUUACCCAAAGUUCAUGGCCAUAAGUGAGGGUAGGAACAUAGGUUGACCGGUAAAUCAAAGGCUUCACCUUCCGGCUCAGCUUCCUCUUUACCACGACAGACUGGUUAAGCGCCCUCAACGCCGCGGACGCCGCCCCAAUCUGCAUGUCGAUCUCACACUCCAACCUACCCUCACUCGUGAACAAGAUCACAAGAUCCUUGAACUCCUCCACCUGGGGCAGGCAAUCACCCCUGACCUGGAAUGAGCAAUCCAUCCUUUUCUGGCUGAGAACCAUGGCCUCAGACUUGGAGAAGCUGAUUUUCAUCCCAGCUGCUUCACACUUGGCUGCGAACUGUCCCAGCGAGAGCUGGAGGUUGCUGUGCGAUGGAGCCAGAAGGACCACAUCGUCUGCAAAAAGCAAAGAUGAGAUCCUCCCACCAUCGAACUCGACCCCCUCCACCACCCGGCUGCGCCUAGAAAUUCUGUCCAUGAAUCACUUGAAAAGGUUUUAUUUUUAAAAAUGUAACCAACAGAACUUGUUGUCGUCGAUGUUCCCCGCUUAUCCGAAUCCGGGUCGCGGGGGCAGACGCCUCAGCAAAGAGGCCCAAACAGCCCUCUCCCCAACCACUUCCACCAGCUCGUCUGGGAGAAUCCCAAGGCGUUCCCAGGCCAGUCGAGAUGUAAGCCCUCCAGCGUGUCCUGGGUCGCCCCCGGGGUCUCCUCCCAGUUGGACAUGCCUGAAACACCCACUGAGGGAGGCGUCCAGCGGGCAUCUUAACCAGAUUUCCGAACCAUCUGAACUGGCUCCUCUCGACACGGAGGGGCAGCGGCUCUACUCUGAGUCCCUCCCGUAUGACCGAGCUCCUCACCCUAUCUCUAAGGCUGAGCCCGGCCACUCUACGAAGGAAACUCAUUUCAGCCGCUUGUAUCCGCGAUCUUGUUUUUUCGGUCAUUACCCAAAGAUCAUGGCCAUAGGUGAGUGUAGGAACGUAGAUUGAACGGUAAAUUUAGAGCUUCACCUUCCGGCUCAGCUUUGUCUUCACCACGACAGACCGUAUAAGCGCCUACAACACUGCAGACGCCACCCCAAUCCGCCUGUCGAUCUCGAAAUCAUCUGUCGAAAUGAAUGGCUAUUAGGUGUGCCCAAUAGUGCCAAAAAUACGGUUCUUACUUACCUUGUUUAUUCAUCAUUCUUUUCCCUGAGUGUCCGGCACUUAAGGUGUCCAUGCAGAAGCUCCCACAGGAUUUCAGUUCCGCACCCAGCACUUACCUCGCACUAAUAAUUCACUUUUAGAGAAAAAAAUAUGCAUGAAACAAAACCACAAAAGUACUCAAGUGAACUGAACUGAACAUGCAAAACUGAAACAUUUUAACACAUCCACAUGAACUGUUACACCCUUAUUUUCCACUGUGACUUACCAGCAACCCAAAACAAGUGGUCCAUCAUUCCCUUUGCAAAGCCUAAAUAAGGCUUUCGAACGUGUCGGCAGUUUUAUUUUAAAGCGCAAAUUAGGUAGUGUGUUUACUCGUUAAUUUAUUCCUUGUAGACCUGUGCAAUAGAACUUUGUGACGUACACCCCUUCAUCAACUCGUGCCUCCUUUUUUCCUCUUUUGUUCACGUAAACUUUCACAAACCUUCUUGUGCCAGCUCCUUACGGCAGUUUGUGGUCACGAUGGUGAUUGACAUGACAUCACCCUUAUUUACCCUUCAGGCUUGUCCUCCACCACCUCGACUGUAGCACAGUGAGACUAAUCACAACCUCCCGCUGUUUUAAUUCUUACAUAUCAAGUAUAUUUUUUUUAACCGACUUGUUUCCUCAAUUAGUGUCUGACGUCCGUCUAGCUAUACUCAGUUCGUUGUCGGAUGCAUCAUCCACUUGGGUUAAACAAAUGCCUUCCUCAACUAAAAACAGGCAGUUAGUGUUAGUGUCAGUGUCAUAACAGUUUGUCAACAGAGUUUGAAAACAAACAGUUACUCGAUUAAAUGUGAAGACUUUGCGCCUGUCGCUGUAUUAAAGAUGAUGUUAGUUAUGCAGUGAGGCUUGUAUGACAAAUCGUUACGCUGAUAGGCAAUUUUAGCAUUCGGGAAGAUCCUGUAAUAGUCCUUUUAAAUUGUUUCGGUGUAAAUUGCAAACCAUAAUAGAAUUAAUAAAUUGGCAAUUGUUUGCGGAACUACCAAAUUUUUUGCCCUUUAACGCACAUUGGUGUAUAAGGCGCACCUUCAAUGAAUGACCUAUUUUUAAAAUGUUUUCAUAUAUAGGGCGCACCCCUUUAUAAGGCAAAAUAGUAGUAGUAGCAGUGGUUGGGGAUGGUACUGCGCAAAAGGGAAUGUCGUGCCAUGAUGAACCAAUAUUGAUCCAUAGAUAAGGCGCAUCAGAUAAUAAGGUGCACUGUCUGGUUUUGAGAAAAUUGAAGGCUUUUAGGUGCGCCUUACAGUGCGGAAAAUUUGGUACUCUCAAUUUAUCAGAAAAACACGUAGCAGGAACCUGCUUGGCUACAGUGGUAUGAAAAAGUAUCUGAACCUUUUGGAAUUUCUUACAUUUCUGCAUAAAAUCUCCAUCAAAUGUGAUCUGAUCUUUGUCAAAAUCACACAGAUGAAAAAACAGUUAUUUAACUAGAACAACCCAAACAUUUAUAGGUAUUCAUAUUUUAUUGAGGAUAGUAUGCAAACAAUGACAGAAGGGGGGGAAUGCUAGUAUAAGAAAGUGAACCAUCACAUUUAAUAAUAUGUGGACCCCCUUUGGCAGCAAUAACUUCAACCAGACGCUUCCUGUAGCUGCAGAUCAGUCUGGCACACCGAUCAGGACUAAUUUUGGCCCUUUCUUCUCUAAAAAACUGCUGAAAUUCAGUCAGAUUCCUGGGAGGUCUCGCAUGAAUCGCUGUCUUUAGGUCAUGCCACUGCAUCUCAAUGGGGUUCAAGUCUGGACUUUGACUUGGCCACUCCAGGACCUGUAUCUUGUUCUUCUGAAACCAUUCUAAAGUUGAUUUACUUCUUUGUUUUGGAUCAUUGUCUUGUUGCAGCAUCCAUCCCCUUUUUAGCUUCAACUGUCUGACAGACGGCCUCAGACUGCUUCCCUAACAAUUCAACUUUGGUUUCAUCGGUCCACAAAAUAUUUUGGCAAAACUUCUGUGGAGUGGCCAAGUGCCUUUUUGCGAACAUUAAACAAGCAACAAUGUUUUUUAGACAGCAGUGGCUCUCUCUGUGGAGUCCUCCCAUGAACUCCAUUCUUGGCCAUAGUUUUACGUAUAGUUGAUGCAGGGGUCGUGUUAACUGAAUAUUUUCCGUCGUUGACCGAUUUUUUAAAACGGUGACGGAAAAAACUGAAGUCCAUCUGUCAUUUUGACAGGUUGCAAUUCACACCCCAGACCACAGGAUGGCGAGUGAGCAUAUUAAUUAGUUAUUGUCUCUCUUGAUGCAUGACGUCGUUGGCCUUACUCGGAAAAAUGUCAAGGCAACUGAGUGUCCGAAGUUUCUUCAAAAAGCCCCAAAACGACGAUGGUGUUGAUAAAAGAGGUGAAAAAAGAGGGACUGCACAAGCGGGCACGCAAUUCAAGUCCAUGCGCACCAGGAGGAAGGUGUGAGAAUGCGUUCAGGCCACAGCAGGUGAACUGUUAAUUUCAUUGUUCCAUAUUUAGCCUACCUACUGGGGCCACAGUCAGUUGUUUUUGUCACUGCGGAGAAAAAGUUACAUAUUCAUCUGCUUGAUGUGGGAUGGCACGGUGUGGAUUUUCUGUUAAGCUUGUUCGGACAGAAUAUUAAUUUAAAAUGAAUGAAAACUUAAUACUAUUGAAUAUGUUGAAGCGGUAUGCAAUGUUAAGAGUCUUGUUUGCUCGAAUUGCUGUGUCCGGCCGCUGUAGCUCUGCUGCUCUCUGUGAACUCUCUAUUCAAGCCGGAACGCGCGCGGCUCUUAAGUGUCUCUGUCACGUGACUGUGUCGUAGCUGGUAACGCGCUCGGCCAAAUGGACACACAAGUAGGGAAGGUGAAUUAUGCCAAAGAAAGGGUCACCACAAUGUCAUUAUUAUCAUUUUAAAAAUUUAAGUGACGGGUAAAAAUAGAUUAUGACCGGAUUUUUAUGACCCUGUCAGUCAAAAUGACAGACAACGUAAAAGUCUAGCGCAACCUCUGAGUUGAUGUGUGCACAGAGAUAAUGGACUGUGCCAAUAAUUUCUGUAAGUCUUUAGCAGACACUCUAGGGUUCUUUUUUACCUCUCUGAGUAUUCUGCGCUGAACUCUUGGCGUCAUCUUUGAUGGACGUCCACUCCUUGGGAGAGAAGGAACAGUGCCAAACUCUCUCCAUUGUUUCUCUGACUGUACAUUGAUGAACAUCCAGACUUUUAGUGAUGGUUUUGUAUAUUUUAACAGCUUUAUACAAAUCAACAAUCCUUGAUCACAGGUCUUCAGACAGCUUUUUUGGCCGAGCCAUGAGGCACAUCAGACAGUGCUUCUCAUCAAGACAUUUCUUACCAGGUGUGUGUUUUAUAGUGGGCAGGGCAGCUUUAAACCACUCAUCAGUGAUUGGGCACACACCUGACUUAAAAUGUUUGGUAAAAUUGGUUUCGAUUGCUAUUUAAGUCUCCUUAGGCAAAGGGUUCACUUACCUAUUUUCCUUCUUCCGUCAUUGCUUGUGUGCUUUUCUCAUUAAAAUAUGAAAACCUGUAAAUCAGUGUUCUCCAAACUAUUCCACAUAGGGCAGGAUUUCACUCCAAAAAAACAAGACCACACCUUUUCACCAAUCUGGUGUUUUAUAAGUGUAAUCAGUUGAUAGCAGUCAGGUGUUGCUUGUUUUAGUACAAACCACAUUGGUUAAAAUGUCUGCUUGAUCGGUAUGAACAAAAACCAGGCCCCACAGCGGCCCUCGAGGACCGAUUUGGAGACCCCUGCUGUAAAUGUUUGGGUGGUUUUAGUUAAAUCAGACACUAUUUUCAUCUGUGUGAUUUUGACAAAGAUCAGAUCAAAUUUGAUGGGGAUUUUAUGCAGAAAUGUGAGAAAUUCCAAAAAGUUCAGAUACUUUUUCAUAUCACUGUAGCUAGCUUGCAUGGUAACCAUGUUCAUGCUGUAGCUCCAGAAUAUGCGAGUUUUCGCUAUUCACAUGUGUUCUUCACUUGUAGCACAGUCCAACCCAAUUUAAGUCUAAAAAGGUACAAGUUCACAAACAGCACUCAUCAGCCUUUUCUUUGACUCAGAACCAAGAGAAAGAUAUUGCAGUAGUAAAAAUACCAGUAGGUCACAGGUCCAAUUCCCCUUUGGCAAUGCCUCGGGUCACUGUGAACAGCAGAAGGCAGCACAUUUUAUUUACCACUUUUUUAAAUUCUAGUUGAGGCAGAGAGCUUUGAUGAUGUCACCGUGUUAAAUGACCUCAAAGGUGGACACACUGUGAUUGUGCAGUCACCAGGCAGCUCUCAAAUUUGCCCCUCAGUUUGCACUUCAUUGAUGCCAUGAUGAUAGCCACCCCAUUGAGUACACCUCCAACAAUAUUACAAAAUCAGUAGGCCUGCAAAAAUAAAAAAUAAAAAACACCUCUCAUUGCGCAGUAUAUUUAUUAUUUUGGAUAUUGCACUGCUUCAUAUUGAGAUUUUCUUUAUUGUAACAGACUUUUUGUCACAUUGAUCCUUUUUAUGUUUAAGGUCAAGUGUCCUUUGUGUGUGUCUUUGAUAUUGAAUGUAAGUAUUAACAUAUUUUUACCGGUGCAAGAUUGGCAUCAGCAAAAUGUUACAAAAAUUGAUUUAUCUGUAAAAAGCUCCACUUUUGCUUUGUUCAUCGCAUACAAUGAAUGUACUGUAUGACUUUUUUUCCCUCGAAUUGGACAUGAAUGUAUCUUGUUUUUCUGGGAUUAAAAGAAUCUAUAAGCACUUGAUUUCAUGAACGUGGGAAAGUGUGUUCAUUUAUAUUAAAGGGGAAGUAUGUUGCUUUUUUGAAGUAAAAGAUCGACCGAUAUGAGUUUUUCAGGUGUGAUACCAAAUAUUCGUAGUUAGAGGG